CGCUGCUCUUGCUGGUUCGUGCCAUGCACUGAAAACCACAGGCGGAGGUGAGGGGCGACGGCGGCGCUGAGCUUGGAGAAUGCAUCCUUCCCCUCAUAACAGUGAAUUGAAAGCGUUGGAGGCGACGGCCACAUAUAAUUUUUGGCCGCUUGGGGAUCAGUCGAGCACUUGAGGUUGGCUGCCGGGGACACUAUGGCAGCGAAGACACUAAAAGCGGAUUGAGUACACCGGGCACGUCAAGUGGAUCUUGAACACAAGAUUCGAAGCUCGAGGUGAUUUUGGGUAUUUUUGGCCACGCGUGGCAGCUUUGCAGAAAUUUGCUGCAUGUUAUUACUGAACUCGGGGGUUCACAACUUGAACCACUUCUGUAUAUCAUCAAGUUGUCUCUUUAGUAGAUUCAACUAAUCUCCCCCUCAGAAGAACACUUUGCCUGUUUAAGUGCAUAUUGCAUUAUAUGCCACUGGGUUAUCUCAAUUUCAAAUUUGUGGUCCAAAGGUUAGGAGCCCAACCAAACACGUCUCUACCCUAGAUGUUCACAUGUUGCGGCUGCAAAUGAUGGGGGUCAGAAAAGAAGCAACUUAAGCGGAAGUUGUAUGAACUCUGGUGAAGAAUCAUGGAGAAAAAUGGUGGAAAAUCACGUAAGGACAGAAGAAAAGAGGCAAGGCUAGUGAAGAAGAAGAGGCAAUUUAGUUCGUGGGUAAAUGAUCAGAAAUCAAUCAAGAACAUUGCAGUUUCACAAAGCUUAUCUUCGUUUGAUGGUUUGUGUAAAAAGAGAAAGAUUCAACAUCCAACACAAAAUGGGAGUGAUAGGGACGUGCAUAGCUACAAAAAAUCAAGGUUAAGAACACCUGAUAUGCCUCAAGUUGAUAACCUUAAGGAAGAUACGCAUGGUGAUAGUACUACUUUCACUAAAAGUAAAGGGUUAAGUAAGAUCGACAAAAGAGAGAAGAGCAUGGGUGAUCCUAGAAAGUCGAAAACGAAAUUUGAGAAGUAUCUGGAGAUGGAAAUGAAUAAAGGAGCUCAUGCAGUAGAUGAUUUAAAAAUGGAAGAGAAGCUUGCAAAGAAACUGAAGGUGAAGUUCAGAAAACUUGGUGGUCCCAAUGAUGGGAUCAAUGAAUUGCUUGAUUAUACCAGUGAGUUGGUAGAAGAUUAUCAACUCCUUGAUUCUUCAGGGUCCGCUUCAUCAGAUGGGGAAAGCAUGGAGCAAGAGCUAGAAAGAGCUUCCGAAUCUUUGGAUUCUGAAGAGGAUUUAGAUGGUUCAACAAGUGAUGGUGAGGGGCAAGUGGAGAAUGUUGAUACCACUAAUGACAUUCAUGAUUCUGGUACCACUACAGAUGAUGUAUUUGACUUGACACAGGCAGAUGAUAUACAUCCUGACAUUGCUGAGGUGAAAGCAGUGUCUAAUGCUGAGAAUCUUGACAAGGAAGCAGCACAAGAUGACCUUUCGAGUAUGUUGGAAUCUUCAGUACAUAAGAGCAUGAAAUAUACUGCUCCUCAUUUGAGACGUCUCUCUGAUAAUGAGUCAGAGGAGCUUGGUCAGGUUCGACGUCAGAUCAGAGGGUUGUUGAACAGGCUUUCAGAAUCCAAUGUUGAGUCAAUUACUAAAGACAUAUCAGUAAUUGUUCAAUCAUUUGGCCGUAAUAGAGGCACUCAGAUGGUUAGUGAGGAGGUUUUGGCUUCUUGUUCCAGAGGUCCACGGGGUAAUGAACAGUAUGCUGCUGUUUUUGCAGCAUUUAUUGCAGGAAUGGCAUCAGCUAUUGGCAUUGAUUUUGGGGCAAAGAUUCUUGCUUCCAUCGCUAAAACCUUUGAGGAGGAGUAUGUGAAAGGAGAUGGCCUUUCUUUACGAAAUCUUGCCCUGCUUUUGUCGCAGUUAUGCAUCUUUGGGGUUUGUUCCAGUGAUUUAAUAUAUGACCUUCUGUCUGUUAUGAGCAAACACAUGAUGGAACUGGAUGUAGCAACAAUCAUGACAAUCUUGCAAUGUUGUGGAAUGAAGCUAAGAGGUGAUGAUCCUGCUGCGAUGAAAGAUUUCAUUCUCUCAGUUCAGCAAAGGGUCCUGGAACUGAAAUCUCCUCUGCAAGGUGCAUCAAAUGGUCAAUCUGUCAUGAAUAGCAAACGGAUGGAAUUUAUGCUAGAGACCAUAUGUGAUAUAAAAAAUAACAAAAAAAAGACAAAAGAAGAUUCUCCUCAUCACGUUAGGCUGAAGAAAUGGUUGCAGAAGUUAGGGGCAGAAGAAAUUCAACUUAGAGGACUGAAAUGGAGCAAGCUUCUUGAUCCUGCCAAGAAAGGCCAGUGGUGGCUGUCUGGUGACGCUCGCCCUAUUGAACACUCUGUCACAGAGAUCGCUGAAAAAAUUGACAGUGAAGCAUUAGAAGCGCAAAAGCUGUUGCAACUUGCCUCAGCACAGAGGAUGAAUACCGAGGCCAGGAGGGCAAUCUUCUGUGUCAUUAUGAGUGGUGAAGACUACAUGGAUGCCUUUGAAAAAAUUUUAAGGCUAGACUUGCCGGGAAAACAGGACAGAGAGAUAAUGCGGGUUCUUGUUGAUUGCUGCCUACAAGAAAAAGUCUUCAAUAAGUACUACUGUGUGUUAGCUUCUAAAUUGUGCAGUUAUGACAAAAAUCACAAGUUCACUUUGCAGUAUUGUUUAUGGGACCAUUUCAAGCAGCUUGAUUCGAUGGAGUUGAGGAGAUCUGUAAAUUUGGCACGGUUUGUGGCUGAGAUGUUGGCUUCCUUUUCGCUUUCUCUUGCAUUGUUGAAAGUUGUGGAAUUUAGCAAUCCAAAAACAUUAACGCCAAAUCGUGUCAUGCAUUUCCGGCUUCUCGUAGAGUCUGUUUUUGAGUAUCCAGAUGAUCAAAUAUGGAACAUUUUCACACGCAUCGCUGGCAUUCCUGAGCUCGAGGCAUUGCGGGAGGGCAUACAGUUCUUCCUCAAAAGGUAUGUUCUUGGGAUGGCUACUGAGAAAGGUGCUUUCCUUGCCGGAAAAUUUAAGAUUGCCAAGAAAGCUUUGCAUAAUGUGGCUGGAAUCCUGAAGUGAGUUUGUCUUCACCAGCUGCACAGGCUGCUGGAGCUGUACAGUACAAUUGUCAAGCUUCCCUCCACUCAACAGUUUUGUAUUUAGGAGUUAAGGUUGUUAAUACCGGGUACAUAUGCAAGUUCAUUUUUUGGAUGUAGUGAAAUUAUAUUUCUAGUCCUACACUGAUAUUUCAAUAACAAAUUUGGACAUCCAAAAGGAAGUUGAAGAUC